AUGGACAACGCUGCUCCCCUCCGUUGGAUCAAGAAAUCGAGGCGCUCCAAGCGACCACGGCCCCAUUGGCGCGACGAUGAAUACGACGCCGCAUUGUCCCUCCUCCUCCUCUCCGAGUCCGGCGGCGGCUUCUGCAAUUCCACCACCGGCGCCGCUGAUCCAAAAAUCUCCCCUCCGAAGCCAAUUCAAGAAAUCACUCCCUCGCCUUUGAUCAUCAAAAUCAAAAGGCCAAAAACAGCCUCCCCCGAUACGCCGCUGCCGCCUCCAGCCUACGCGUGCUCGAUGUGCGGUAAGGUUUUCCCAUGCUCGCAGGCGCUGGGUGGACACAUGACAGUCCACCGCCAAAAGAAGGGAAAGGCCGUCGUCGUUUCGGAUGAUCACCACCACCACAACUCCGCUAGGGUUCACGAGUGCUUGGUCUGCCAUGAGGCGUUCGACUCCGGGCAGGCGUUGGGCGGACACAUGAGGAAGCACUAUGAUAAAUCCAAACUCGCCAGAAAAGGCGCGGGCGGGGAGAUCAGCUCUGACCGCGGAGGCGCCUCCACCAGCGGCGCUACUGCUAGUGCUAGACCAAUGUUCAUGUUCGACUUGAACCUGCCGGCGCCGGAGGAGGAGGAUUAAUUAUUGUUUGCAAUUAACCAAAUUUUGUUGUCAAUGUGAAAUUCUUUCUACUUCUUGACUUGUUGGAGUGUUAAUAUAUCGAUUUUGUUGUUUAAUUUGUUUGUGUUGUACUGUA